UUUCCAGGCGGGGAAGCCACAAGACAUUCAUUUGGACCUAUUUUAAACGUAUUUCGCUGGCGUUAGUUGUUAUAAUAUUCUUUGCUUGUUUGAAUAAUUUUGCAUGCUUUUAUAAUUAGUCUAUAUUUUGCGCGUUUAUCGGUUGCUGCAGUGAGAGCCGCUUCAUCUCCAUCAGCGUCUACCUAUCCUUACUCAGCAUUUGCACGCAAGCUGUAAUACUCUUAACUCGUUACAUAAGGCUUUAACGAGUUAAAUGUGGACAUCGCCGUGUCACUGGGUCGCUAAACACCACUGACAUUUGAAAUCAAGCCGUUAACUAUUUUAAAAGUCAGGCAUAGCUGGGUUCAUGCCCGAUCUGCAGCGCUUCAGUUUUCCGUGCCGUAGCAUGCAUUCUCCUCUCCAUCCUCAUCCUCAUCAGCAGCAGCAGAAUCCAGAAGGACCCGGUCAUCCCGAUUCUCCCUCCGGUUUACUCCCUGAGGCUGCUGUCCUAGGAGCUCCUGACCCAUCCUCGUUUUUCCUCGGAGAACAACCCGGCCUCACGGGAUCCUCUUAUCUGCACUUCAGUCCAUCUUUCCACUGGUCCCAACCUCCUCCACCUACAGCCAUGGCAUUGAGGAACGACCUGGGAUCCAAUAUAAGCGUCCUGAAGACCCUCAAUCUGCGGUUCCGAUGCUUUCUGGCUAAAGUGCAUGAACUGGAGAGACGCAAUAAGAUAUUGGAGUUACAGCUACAGCAGGCUUUAGACUGCAAUAACACAAGUGGAGGUGUGGAGGACGGAAAGACCAAAGAAAUUGGUGUGCAGACUGGGUUUAUUGGGCCUAUUGCUGUCCGGCCUGGGUCUUUGUCCUUCCAAAACACUAACAACUCUGCUAAACGACCCACUACGUUGUUUAUGCCUUCUCUUACGACUGUCCUCAAGCUUGAGCCCAAUAAAGCUGAUGAUGAGACCACAACUGACCCAAACACCAAUAGGAACCCAACCAUUAUGGUUAGUCUCUCAACACCCACCACCGAACCCGCCUCGGCCAACACCAACACCAAUAACUCCAACAAUGCUCCGCAUGUGAGCAGCGUUGGCACCGGGACAUCUCCCAACCCUCCCCCUCGCUUCCUCCCGGGCACUAUCUGGUCCUACAAUCACACCCGUAAACUGGGAAGCGGGUCAGAGACUCGGGUCACCAGUCCCGGAGUGUCGUGGGUCCACCCGGACGGCGUGGGUGUCCAGAUAGACACCAUCACCCCAGAGAUCAGAGCACUUUACAAUGUCCUGGCCAAAAUCAAAAGGGAGCGGGAUGAGUACAAGCGAAGAUGGGAAGAGGAAUACACCAUGAGAAUGGACAUGGAACAGAGAAUGAAUGAUCUACAUGAGGACCUACAGGAGAGUGAGGAGUGUCAGGAUGAGUUGGCCCUCCAGGUGCAACAGCUGAAAGCUGAACUCGUGCUCUUUAAAGGACUCAUGAGCAAUAACUUGUCGGAGCUGGACAGUAAGAUCCAGGAGAAGGCCAUGAAAGUGGACAUGGACAUCUGCAGACGCAUUGACAUCACAGCUCGCCUGUGUGAUGUCGCCCAACAAAGAAACUGUGAAGAUCCAAUCAAGAUCUUUAAGGUUCCCAGCCCUCAGAAUGCCAUCACCUCUCGUGCCCACAAACAAGUUUCACAACCUGCCAAUGGCAGCGAGACAGAUGAGCCAGUCAGCAUGUCUGACAGUGAUGGAGGUGGUGUGCGAGAGGAUGAAGUGUGCACCCCUUCAACCCUCCAGAUCAAUGAAGAGAUGCAGAGAAUGCUGACCCAACUGCGUGAGUGUGAGUUUGAGGAUGACUGUGACUCUCUGGCUUGGGAAGAGACCGAGGAAACGCUCCUUCUGUGGGAGGAUUUCCCAGGAUGCACUUUAACAACAGACACCAGUCAGGGGGAGGAGGACUGCUUGGAAAAGGUGAUUAAGGACACGGAAUGUCUUUUUAAGAACAGGGAGAAGGAAUAUCAGGAGACUAUAGACGAGAUAGAGUUGGAACUGGCCACAGCAAAGUCGGACAUGAACCGUCAUCUUCAUGAGUACAUGGAGAUGUGCAGUAUGAAGAGAGGACUGGAUGUGCAGAUGGAAACCUGCAGGAGACUCAUCACUCAGACUGGAAACAAUAAAUCCACUUCUCCUGUACCUGGAGGUGGUACAGAUGCAAACGGAGAAACAGAGAGAGAUAAAACCGAGGAAGGAGGAAGAUAAUGAUGCCAUCAGAUCUGAAGGAGGUGUUUGCGAGAAGAAGAAAAAGUGCCCCUCAUCUCUUCAUGGCACCCAUCAUCAGCCCUUCUCAUGUUUUUGCAGUCUGUCCAGUCACUGCCUCUAGUGGUGGUAAAUGGAAUUACAUUGUGUGUGCUCAGUGCCCUAAAGUGAACAUGUACUGGGACAUUUCCCCCCUGUUGGUUGUGCAGAGCAGCUUGACUGUUUUCACACCUACAUAAAAAGAUGAGAGUCCUGAUAACGUUGUUUGCGUUUAUCUGAUUUCACCGAGCCCAUCCACCGGCUGGUAUCGAUCAUGUUUUCCGAUCUGAUCCCCGAAUGUCUGAGUCAUCAUAUUUUCAGCACUGAAUACAAUCACUUUUGUUUUCGUAUUUCUAGCAGAGAAUCACUGACGAUGUUUUUGCAAAGUUUCCAUUUCCUAGAGACUCCGAGGGGACAUUUGCUCACUUCUCGUUGUCGCAUGUAUCGUUACGUGCCGCUGUAAGCCGUGGGUCAGUAGGUGUGUUGUGCUUCCUGUCUGAGCUGUUGUAAAUACUCGGCUGUUAAUGCAAGUGAAGGGUGGAGGUAACUGUAGCCUGCACGUCCCCCAUCUCUGUGCUCAAAUUCACACGGAAUAUAUGACAUUUCAUGCUACUGGUAUUGUGCUGAUGCCAGGCUGCUUCAGAAUAAUGAACUCUUUGACUUCCUCUAUUGCGGGUGGAAAACAUGAGUGAUGGGUGAGGUCAGAUGAGUGAGAUUUGAGGAUGUUAUGGCUCAGAGUAGAUGUCAGAGCGUUACGAAUGUCAAACUUUAAGUUGUUUCCUUUUUACUUUUCCCCUAAUUUUUCGUCUUUGAGAUCAGUGAUAUUGAGUCUUUUUCUCUGCCGGUGGAGAUACAUUUCAGAAAAUUACAUUUCAUGAAAAUGCUGUAUAUGUAACGCUGCUGUAGAUGUGAGACCUGCUUCAGUCCAUAAAAUAUCUAGUAUUUCAAAGGUCUUUCUAUUUUGGAUAGUAAAAUCCUUCCAGUAUAGUUCACCUUUGGCAUUUUUCCGUUUCGCAUCCUCUUAGCUAAGACCUUGCUGGUGCCUCUGAUGGCUGAGGUUGAUGCAAAGAUCUGUCUGUUUGUCUGACCAGUUGUUUUCAUUGGG